AUGUUCGACCAGACCACCGCCAUGGGCGAUGGGAGCCACCGCUGUGGCCCCAACCUGUGCCCGGACAGGAUGGAGAGCAAGUGCCGCGCCGACCUGGGGAGCCGCUCCCCCGUGCACAGCUCCACGGACACGCCGGGGACCUCCGCGUCCACGCCGACGUCCUCCAGCGAGGACGGACACGACAAACUCCUGGGAGUGGACCCGGACUACUGCCGGAGGAUCCUGGUGAGGGACGCCAAAGGCACCAUCCGGGAGAUCGUCCUGCCCAAAGGCCUGGACCUGGACCGGCCCAAGCGCACGCGGACCUCCUUCACGGCGGAGCAGCUGUACCGGCUCGAGCUCGAGUUCCAGCGGUGCCAGUAUGUGGUGGGGCGCGAGCGCACCGAGCUGGCCCGGCAGCUCAACCUGUCAGAAACACAGGUCAAAGUGUGGUUUCAGAACCGUCGGACCAAACAGAAGAAGGACACCACCAAGGAUUCAGACAAGCGCUCCUCCUCCACGUCCGAGUCUUUAGCUACCUGCAACAUUCUGCGUCUCCUGGAGCAGGGUCGCCUCCUGUCGGGCCCUGCCCCGCCUCCCAACGCCCUCCUGGGGCCUCCAGUGCACUCAACAAACGGCUCCUUGCUAAGCAGCCCAGGAGGAGGCUCCUCCACCUCCCCUGGCAUCAGCAGCAGCACUCCUCCCAGCUCCCUACCAGGAGGCACGUUUGGGCUCUCUCUCCCAUCGUUGGGCGGUACCCCGUCGUCGCCGCGGUUGGGCGUCCCACCCCCCCACUCCCUAUGCUUCUCCAUGCCGCUUCUGGGGGGCGCUCAUCACGAACUGACGUCCGCCUACGGCUGCGGCUCCUCAGCCUUUGAGCCAUACAUGAGGCUGGACAGGAAGGAGGCAGAUCUAGGUGGGAAGAAAACAGUUUCCUAAGUAGCACGUUUUCCUUUCAGGCACUAGAAGGGACGAUGACUCGUGUGAGCGUUGCGCCUCAACAUCUCGCCCUGCCACAUGUCUGACACAUGAGCAGCUGCAGACAAGCCAAGAAAGCCUGCCAGGUCAGAAAAAAAUUUAAGUCUGAAAAUGGAAGUGACAAGGUUUCUUUCCAGCAG